AUGAAACGUCUCCAGAGAAACCCUUUAAAGCACACACAAGACUGUAAGCCAAAUACUGAAGGUGAAUCAAUUGGCACACCGGUAGUCAAGAAAAUAAAAUUAAAUAUUAAACCUUGGCUCAAAAUCCCACCACUUGACGAAGGGGAAACUGAAGAUACCAUGAAGGAAAAGACUCAGCAACUAAAGAAAAUCUGCCGAAUUGCACGUCCAGAUCAAACCUUGGUAAAGUCACUGAUGUCAUCAACAUAUCCUGUCAGACGAAAAAUGAUUCUUGAAGGGACCGAGAGCGUGGAUAGUUUGUUGAAACUCUUUCCUCCAUUGCUGCAACAUAUUCAUCUGAAGCAAGAAAUGUGCCGAGUCAUGGGGGACAAAGAUGUCACAAGAUUAAUGAAGGAACGCUUAAUUGAUACAUGGCUUCCAAAAAUAUUAUCCUAUGUACAGAAGAGUGAAAAGUCCUCAUUCAAGAAAUUGGUGGAAGAGAUGGACUCGGCGAUUUCUGAAGAUAAACUCAGUCCAACCGAGUGCAACCACAGAACAGCAAUUUUCGCCAUUACUAAUUACCUACUACGGUGUGGGGGUGGAAGGAAGAACAGCGGGGAAGAGAAGGUCCUCAUGCUACUAAAGACCAACGAUAACAUGGAUGCUUUGAUUAAAAACGCAAUUUCGCCCAUCGUUUUAUUGAGUGGGUUAGAUCUUUAUCAUCUAGAUCUAAUCUACAUUGCAGGGGAACAUAAAUUGCUGUGUGACCUGAGUAAAGACGACAAACUUGUGGAUGCUUUAGUUGCGUUGAUAUCGUGUUAUUAUGUGUAUGAUUUUGACUACACCAUGGUCAAAAACGUCAUGAUUUUCCUUGAGCAUGCAAUGUUAAGCAUUGAACCUUCUAAAAUGCCAGUACGAGUGACGGAGGUAGUGCAUGCUAUGAUGGCCAUCGAACAAAACAAUGAGUAA